AUGUUCCGUAACGAUUGGAAACUCUCCAUCAACUCGAAGACGUUUGACGCACUGGACUGCUCUUUGUUCCGUAACUUUAAGUUCAUGACAGUCGUCAACUAUGCGUUCUUCGUUUUAUUCCUCACGGCCAUGAAGAUAGCACUUUUCAUCUCAGACGUAUACACCUGUAUCAAGCUCCUGGCCUUCAACUCGUGGUCCAACAACGUUGUGCCACCGUACAUUCCGUUCCGCAUUAGCAAGUGGCUUUUCAGCGGGUGCAUUCUUGCUUCAAUCGUGCUGAUUGCAUGGGAGAUCAUCAACGGUAUCCGCAUCUACCGCACUCGCAACAUUUCGCUGACUUACGUCAACAACUUCUCUAGAGGCGCGUACUCACUGAGCCAGUACAACAAGUUUUGCGUGUACAACCGCAUCUCGCCCUCGGGCGCGUACCAGAAAAUCGCAUUUUUCACGUUCUUCGAGCUGAAGGACUGCCUGCGGCUGCUAGUGGCCGAUACGCCGCGUCAAGUAAUCAACGGGCUUACGCUUUGGUCCGUGGUGGUCACCGUGGAUCAGAGCAGCGAUCUGGGACGCGUCGAGAGCUUCAGCGGUCUGGUGGCCAAGAUAAAAACCAUCGCGCAGACCAACCAUGAGGAAGCAGUGUUGCUGUCGUUCAUGCUGUUCUCGUUUGUCAUCUGGGCGUUUUUCAUCACCAAGUUCGUGGCAGCAUGCCUUUGUUCGAUCUACGUGUACUACCGGAUCUUCAACGAAAGAAACGCUAGCGGCCUCAAGGAGUACGUGUGCGUAACGGUGAGCGAGCACAUCGACUACCUUGUCGACAAGUACCAGCGGAGGAAGCAGUUCAACAUGGUGAACCAAAGCCAUGGCCUGUCCAGCAGCUCGCUGCUGCAGACGGACGACCUGGAGGCGGGCCCCUGGAAGAGCGCGGCGCACACAAACGUUGAGUCGCUGGAGCUCGAGGACCGCUCUGAGAGCCGCGUCAACUCGUCCACGGCCAACCUCCUGGCCAAGGAGUUCGCCGCGCCCGUGGCGCCCCGGCUGAACAAAUGGGCCUCUGUGGACAGCCUGCCGACAAUCGGCACGGCAGAUCCCGUGCAGGCGGCGUCGCCAAUCGCGAACAUGCACCAAACGGCGCCGCAGAAGCGGACCGCGUUCGACCCGAUCGCGCGGUCCGAGACGUUUGAGUCUUCGAGGCCGGUGAAGGAGAACCCAUUCGCGCCACGACUCAUCAACGCCAACACGUUCAACUCGGUGAAGACGUCCAAUACGGUGCCAAGCUACUACUUUGACAGAGACGCGAGCCCCGAGACGCCUGGCGCGCCCGAGGCCUCACGCGACGAGCCCGACCCGGCGCAGCGCCGCCAGCGGCCGCCGCCGCCGGCGCCCGGCAAGGUCAACACGCCGGAGCAGGCCUAUUUUGGCGAGUUCGCCGCGUCCUCGGACAGCCUCGCCCAGCGGAACGCCAGCGUGCUUGCGCGGAGGGACCGCAUUGAGCGCGAGGACUACGAGUUCUACACCCAGUCGCGCCACGCCAGCGGCGGCGCGCGUCCCUGA